AUGUCGGUGAACGAGAAACGCAAUUUUCAACCCAUUACAACCCCCCGAGCUGCGACUUCCCCCACGUCGGACCGUGAAGUGCUUGACCAACGAUUGCAGCGGCUCUCCGACGACGUCCUCCCCCCCGUUCCAUAUUUACUCACAUUUCCGACCAAAACGCCCUUUAACCUGGGAACCCGGUCCGCCAACAAUUGGGCUGUAGGGCAUGACAGACCCUUCAGCUUGGAGGAGCAGCAACUACAAUAUAUGACCUUCCUGACACACCACGACACAGACUCAUUGCUUCUAGCUGUCGGGGACUGGUCAGACGAAACGGGGCGCAUGAUGACCGAUCGAUCAACAGCCCCAAGUACUGUAGAAAGUUCAAGAGAAACUGUGUCCAAAAAGAAAAUUAGUCUCAAGGACUACAAGACCCAGAAGACCAGUGCCGCAGUCGCAUCCCCCGUUGGCCUCGAAGCGGGUAGCCGAGGCGCAUCAAACUCCGCCAAGUCCGAGGAAAGACGACAGAUGACAUCUUCGGAGCCUCUCAAUAUUUCCGAUAAGACUAAAAUGUCUCGAAUGCCACCGAAGUCCCAUGCGCGUCUCUCCCCCGAAAGAGCGGGCCAGAAACGGCCAUCUGGGUCGGAACUUGAAUUUCCUCACCCCUCAGUGACUAAGAAGUCUGAAGCACAUCCUACAAAGAAACUGCGACUGUGUCCCGAGAAAGACACACGCCGAGAGCCCAGCCCUGUCAAAUCGUAUUCCCCCAAGUUGCCCGCACUUCUCUCGCCUACUCUUCCACCGACAUCGGGUGGUCCCAGACUUCCGCGCUUAUUGUCUCCUACCCUCCCCCCAGAUAUCGAAAAGGAGUUGGCUCGCCUUGAGGACCGUCCACCAUCUCGCAAUAGUCGGGCAGGAAAGGGAUUGCCUGCCAAGGAAUCCAAUACCCAAGAAUAUACAAGAGACCACGCCCGUGUCGACACACAAAAGACGCAGCUUCUUACCAAACUGCGGUAUGGAAGAGCGAACCGAAAACGUGUCGAAGCCUUGCUUAAAUUUUCUGGUAAAAAGAAAGCGCAUCUGUCGGAUUCACCGGUCAGUCAGGAUACCGAUCGUGAUGAUGUCUUCCAUUCCAGGAAGAAAGGGGGAGAUACUGGAUUGUUUCGUGGGUACACAUCUGGGGAUCCGAAAGGCAGGAAAAAUGAGACGGGUGAAGCUAUUGGCCCUCAAUAUGGUCGCUCAAAAGAGCCAAAAAGCUACCCCGAAAAGCCUCGAACGCCGGUUGCUCAGACACACCUGACCUCUCAUUCAACCACCAGUGACAAAACCAAAGCAGCUUCGAUCACGCCUGUAAAAGACCUGAAAGACCAAAAACCUUUUACCUCUCGUCGAAACGAGCCCGGAGAGACUGAUAGCAAAGCUCCUUCUAAUCCCGCCAACAAGCGUCAUUCCGUUGAUCCCGGGUCAACUAUGAAGGCUUCUCCGACACAGGUAGAUGGACGCACGCGCAAUGAGCGGCAAGUGUGGUGGGAUGAGUGGCAAAAGUUUGCGAGCAUCGGUCGUGAAUUGAAACAUGCCGCAGAGCGGCACACCUCUAAAACUGGGAUCUCGGUCACUGACGAAAAGCUAGCUGUUGUGACUGCAAUAGAAGCGUUGUUGUCCUUUAUUAUGGCGUUUGUAGCGAACGACCAGGCCAAGGCUUCAUCGCGCCAGGUCGGGGAUUCCUCAACAUGGCUGUCCAUCGUGCCAUACUGGCGUGUGGUCAGGAAGAACAGUGUACCAUAUCCGGCCUUAAACAGUCUCUGCUUGCUCCUUGGGGCAGUGUCCUUCACGGCCAUUCAUACUCUCGAUCUUGAACGUCUCGCGAUAAGCCCAAUUCCUGGAGAGCACACCCCGGUUCCCACCCCUGGGAGUGAUGGAAACGCAGCCCUGUCGGAUGAGAACAGGAAAAGCAAAAAGGAAUUUUCAGAGCUGAAGGUUCGUCUUCCUGAGUGCUACAAAGAGUCCCAGAGGCUAUGGAUAGAGGGCACACGGGGUCUCUCUGAAGAUAUCCUUGGCCGUGAGUUCCCCACUAUCUGGUCCCAGCGAUCUCGAAAUUACUCGGAACGAGGCCGAUCAUCUCUCAAGGCUGGUGAAUAUGCUGGAAGUUAUUUCCUACCACUUGGAGGUACUACACCGCCCAUCGAAGUGGUUCGGUUUGGCUGGUUCCUGCUGAAAGAAUGGUGCUCGAAGGAACGAGUGGAGUGGAAUGGACGUCUUGGUCUCUAA